UUCCCCUUUACUGCCAUUUAAAAGCUCUCCUCCGAGGGCAGUGUGAAACCAGCGCUCUGCGAAACAAAAAACGCGCCUGUGAGCAGAAUUAUGUAGAAUCUUGUGUCAAGAAGAGGAUAAUAUAGAAGAGCAGGUGUUGCAUGUUUUUUAAAUGGGAAAUCUGUUGGGCAGCUGGCGUUUCAAGGAGCCGAGCACCGUUGAGGAAUGCGACUCGACGUGGGGGUCGGAUUCUGAGAGCGACGAGCCGGCGGCUGAAGAUGACAGCGGCAUCUCCGACUCCGUCAGUCCGGCGGAAAACGACCGGGCCGCCGGAGACCCCGGAGACACGUCGCCGAAGCUGACUGACUCCCCAGAAUCUGUCCCAAAGAUGAAGAGGAGUUUCUAUGCUGCCAGGGACCUCUACAAAUACCGUCACAGCUACCCGAACUACAAAAGGCCCCGGCAACCCAACGAGUACCGUAACCUGCGCUUCUACCUGAACAAGAUCCCUCUAGUACCUGAUGGUGUCUAUAUAGAGGAGAUUCUGUCGAAGUGGAGAGGCGACUAUGACAAACUGGAGCACAAUCACACCUACAUUCAGUGGCUGUUCCCAUUAAGAGAACAAGGGCUCAACUUCUACGCACAUGAACUGACUCAGGAAGAGAUCAAAGAAUUCCAAAGCACUCGUGAAGCUAAACGGAGAUUCCUGGCGGCCUAUUCCCUGAUGUUGGACUUCUAUGGCAUCAAACUGCUGGAUAAGAGUGGAAAUGUUGCUCGAGCUCCCAACUGGCAGGAGCGUUUCCAGCACCUUAAUGAGUCCCAGCACAACUACCUGCGGAUCACUCGCAUACUGAAGUCCCUUGGUGAGCUGGGCUAUGAGGCCUUCAAGGCCCCACUGGUUCGCCUCUUCCUGGAGGAGUCGCUGUGCCACAACACCCUUCCAAACAUGCAGCACAGUGUCCUGGAGUACUUUGUCUAUACCAUUCGCCUCCCGGCCACCCGCAGGCGCCUGCUUCGCUACGCACGCCAACACUACAGGCCUGCCCAUGCCUUCCUCUGGGGUCCACCAUCUAAAAGGCGAGGCGGAGGUGUUGGCACCGGAGGUAGUGUGGGUGCUGGUAGCAGCGGGAUCAGAGCACCUGCUCCGACACCAGAGCACCAGAGGAGAGAGGAGGAGGGCACCACCUCCACCUCUACAAGAAGCGGAAUUAUUGUGUCUUCCCAUGAUGCCAUGAUGUGCCAGGACCUGGCUGGAGGAGGAAUGAAGGGCUACACGGGACCCGGGUCUAAUGUGGCUGGACUGGAGGGAGCAUUGAUGUUGGUGGGAGCUAGAGGAGGGAGGAACGAGUACAAUGAAGUUGUUCCUUUGUAGGGAAUAGGAAUAGUGUUUGAAUGUUAUCAGGUUUUUAAAGCAGAAAAAACUGCUGUUUUUAAAAUUAACCAACUGUGUUGUAAAGAAUGAAGAAGAACUUUAAUCUUUGCAGACCCCAUAGGACACUGAAAUCCAGAGUCAGGACAGUAAAACACAUAACUUAUAGCUUGUGUCAUUAGAAUCUAUUCAGGUCAAGGGCUUAUUAUAAACUAUGAUAGUGCAGAUUAUUCAGUUAAAUUCUGUGAUUAUGAUGUGGGACUGGGGUGUUUGGGGAGGUGGGAUAUCCUGAGCCAAACAAAACAAUCCCAAUCCUGAAACCAUCUAAACAAUGAGAGACCCAAAUGUGUGUGGCAAGACUUUUCCUCAUUAGGGCUAUAGGCAUGAAAUCAGUCAGAGAGAAGACUGCCUUAUUUAAUGUUGAGUUUUGGAACAGAGGCAGGUAUGAAAUGUGGUUACUGAUGCAAGAGCAUUUUAGAACCAAAGGUUCCUGCUGAUUGACAUGUUGGUCAUACGAUGGUUUUGGGAAACAGUCCUGCCCGCUCAUCAAACACUGUAGCUGGAGUUCCACUGAGCAGCAAGCUGGACUGAGCUCACUUUGUUGUACAGGUGCUGUAAAGUGAAAAUUAUAAUGUGAAGUGGGGGACAAGGGAGGAAACAUUUUCUUUAUCUUUUUUUUUAUUUCCUUCUGAAAUUCUGUGAGGUGACAUUAGGGGCAAACACGAGAGGAGGACUGGCUGAAAAGGGCAGGGGUGGGUUAGGUUAGGUCACAGCAAGACCUGGAAACCACAUAUUUCAGAUUGACUUGAAAUGCUAUUAAUAAUAAUAGCAGGCACAGCUCUGUAUUUAUCUGCUAUAUUUUACUGCCUACAAGUUGAAGGUAGCUGUACAGAAAUAUAGAGCAAAAAAAAAAAAAAAAAAGACUUGUUGGUAACUUGAUAUCUGUGAGAAACAAUUAAAAAGAGAGAGGCUUUUUUAGUGACAUCAAAACUCUCCUGUGAACUAUGACUGGCACCAUGGAGGUCUACAUAAUGGGUAAAUAUACAUUCACUUAGAAGUUUAUAAGAUACACCUAGCUAAUAAUAAUAAAGUCUGAUACAUUUUGAAAGGACGCCAUGGUUACAUCACUGCAGUUGUGCGUCCACAGCAGAAACAAGUGGAGUGAAACUAGCACGAUCCCCCCGUUUCUAAAUAAUAACAUCACUCAGUAUUUAUAAGUAUUUAAUUAAUGAAUGGAAUAUGUGGUAAUAUUAUAUCUGUGAUGUGACAUCUACUUAACACUAUGACUGGACACAAACUUAGCUAAGUAUUGGGGCCACAUUGUAAGUCAUCCUCAGUCAUUACAAGAUGCACUUGUUUGAGCUAGGUGCACCUUAUAAACUGACAAAUGAGUGUAGUAUCCAACAAUAGGUCAAUGAAAAAGAAGAUGCCUGCUCUUGUUUCAAAGGAAAGGGGGCAGUGUAAUUUCUUCUUCAAAAUGUAGGUUACUGGGACACAGCAAACUCUCUUUUUAACCCUAGUCUCUGCUACAAAAUUAUAAUAUUAAACUUUCAGGUAGAUAACUAGCUAACAAGCGAAUCUAGUUUCAGAGUAAAAAUUCUGCAUCUGCUAGUGGAGGUUUCUGAAAGAUACAUGCUAGUCUGAUUAAGCUAUGUUACCUAGCUAGUUUUAGCAGCAAUCACUGUUGCUUGCUUAGGCUGCCUCAUUUUCUAAAAAAAAAAAAGUGAAGUUUUUGAUCUAUCAUGUAAUAAUUUGAAGUCAUUCUAUGUAGCCUGAUUAUAAAAUGUGUUGAAGAAUUGAUAUUCCUUGAAUUCCCUGUGACUCUCCUGUGCCUCAUAACAAGCAAACAUCAGUUUUUGAAAGGUAGAAAAGUCUCACUAACUUUUUUUCACAUAUGGUGUUGAAUCCAAAAUGCUUUUGCUUUUUCCCAGAUGGGUUUGUGUCAUGAUGAUUACCCACUCAGCAUGGCUCUCUAUUAUCAUAUUAGCAACACAAACAACAAGUUAAGUUUAGGUGCAGUGCAUGCAAUAGAUUAGAGUGCAUUUUAUGAACACUUUUCACUCAAGUACAAGUUCAAAUAUUUUAUUUUUUCCUAAAUUCAAAUGGUAUUUGAAUUUUCAAAUUAAAAAGUGAUAGCCCUAUUUUGGUUUUAUGGCGAACAUACUGACAUUUUUGACAAAAUCAUCCAUGAUAAGCCAGAACACCUCCAACAUGGCUGCCACAGGAUGUAUUGUGUCACCUAAAUGGCUUCUGCUUAACUGAACAAGGUGAUUGGAUGUGGACUGUGAAUGAAGUUAAUGUAUCAGACACGUGAUGUGUGUUGCACUUUUUUGACAAUCUAUGUCUUCCGAGUUGAAAGCGCUGUCGGUUUCUUCAAAUUAUUGACAUACAUAAUCUAUAAGUGGCCAGGAACUUGCUUUGUCAUGAACAUGGUCGAUUGUUCUCAUGUUCUCUAACCUUGCAAUAAUUUGGCUAAAUGACAUGUAAAAUUGAGCACUUGUAUUUCAUGGUAUACAUAGUUAGUUUUCAACCAGGGUACAUAUACAGUAGUAGGUGGUGAUGCUGUUGAUUUUUUCCUCUGACUACAAUAGAUAAAAGCCUCUAGUGGUACAUUUGUGCAAGUGCAGCUGCUAAUAUUCGUUAGAUAUUCAAUAUCUUCAGAUUUGAACAUUUACAUUGCGAACGAUACCCUACAAUUUCUCCUACAUCUGUACUCUAAUGAAGAUGCAGGAGCCAUUGUAGAUGGUGCUUAUUGAAGCCAGAGUUUUUUCUUUUUUUCUUUUUUUUAAGUCAACAAACUGUUCCCUCACUCUCAUCAUAUCAGAAAUUGACAGCAUCACCUUGCUUGUGUUUAGUUAAUAGAGGGCCACAAUUCUCCUGAAGCUAAAGCAGUUUUGUUGAAUUCUAGGUGUAAUUUCAAACACAGACAACUGGAUUCCCUGGUUGCAAUAGAUAGAUGUCUGUGAAAUUAAAAGCCAUUUGAGGUGCAAGACAGCAAUGAUGCAUAUAAUCAGGAUUUUAACGCUUCCUCCUGACUUUUUCAGCUGUUCUUCCUGUAGUAUAAGGCCUUGUUUUUCAUUAUUUGACAAGGUCUCUACAUCGCUCCCCAGCCAAGUGUAUCUGACAUAAUUGUAAAAAUAACUUUUCAGGUGAAUUGUGUGAUAAUAUGGGCUCAAGUAUCUGAAUUUUUAGUAUAUUGUAUGUGUACAUAUAUGUGUGUGAGUGCGUGUGCGAUUGUAUCUGAUAUUCUUAAGUGCCUCUUUUGUAUUUUUUAUGUUCAUCUGUAUGUUAUAAGGAGUGUCUUUCCCAGCUGAUUUCCUGUACAUCCUGUUUUUUGUACAGCAUUUUGAUAUUUACAUUAUUGUUUUCAUUAUAGUCAUAUACAGUAUAGUAUGAGUAGUAUUGAUGUACAGUAACAGCAGGAAUAAAUCCCACAAAAAUUGGUAUAGAGGUGAGGUUAAUAAUAUAUCAUACUUGAAAUUGUUUGUAUCAGGUUAAGUGAUUGAAAUGGAAUUGUUCCAUAGAUGACUAUUCACCAUGCUAGCUGAACACACCUGUGUUUUUCAGCAUAGAUGGACCACAAUACCUGGAUGUUUGCCCUGAAAUGUGAAAUUUGCCACACUUAACUCAAAUAAAACUGGGGAUGUGGAUUAAGAA